UAAUGCCCAACAAGAAACCAGCCAAGGAUGACAUUGAACUGGGAAACAGCUGGAAAUCAAAUGGAGACAGUGAUCCUGGUUGUCAGCCAGACACCCGUCCAGACAUCCACCCAGACUGUAGCAAAGCAGAAGAGACGCUGUACGAGGCUCAGUGUGGUGGGGUCAUCCUCUCCAAUAACUUCAAGCCGUGCCACGCUCUAGUGCCCCCUGAGGCUUUCCUGGGUAACUGCAUCUAUGACAUGUGCGAGUAUGACGGCAUGCAGACUACGCUCUGUGACAACGUGGAGGCAUAUGCUCAGGCCUGUCAGAGUGCCGGUGUCACCAUCAGCUGGAGAAACAGCAGCUUUUGCCCCCUGCCCUGUCAUCCUAACAGCCACUACUCAGACUGCACAGCCCCCUGCCCUCCCACGUGCUCUGACCUCUUCCCUGUCUUCUGCCAUCUUCCUCCAACUACUUGUCUCGAGGGCUGCCAGUGCAAUGCUGGUUACGUCCUCAGUGACAGCAAGUGUGUUACUCUGGACCAGUGUGGCUGUCUGGACUCGAACAGAGAGUACCAUGAUGUAGGAGAUUUGUGGCUAACAGAUAAAUGCACUGAGUCGUGUACCUGUAAACCUGGUGGUGAAGUCAGAUGUGAGGACCACAGCUGUAAUUCUAAUUCACUGUGUGACCUGGACAAGAAUGGAAACCGCUACUGCAGACCCACCGAGUUCAAUAAGUGCAGCAUCUCUGGGGAUCCUCACUACCUAACAUUCGAUGGCUUCAAGCAUCACUUCCAAGGUUUCGACACCUAUGAAGUUGCUCUGGGUCACAACCUGUCGAGCUCCCUGACGCCCCUGGUGGUGAGAGGAAAGAACGUUAGACGUGGAUUGAACAAGAGGGUGUCGUUCCUGGAGGAGAUGUACAUCGAUGUUUACGGUGUCAAUGUUAAAUUCCUGCAGAAGAAGACUGUCCUGGUCAACGGGGAGUAUGUAACACCUCCUCUCACACCAGUUGAUGGUUUGACCAUCACAAGGAACUCCAGGCAGAUCCAGCUCACCACUGACUUUGGACUCACUGUACGCUUUGAUGGCAACAAUCGAGGAGAAAUCAUACUUCCUGGUACCUAUAAGAAUUCUGUUAGAGGACUGUGUGGGAACUAUGAUGGCAUCACCAGAAAUGAAUACAUGAAGCCAGAUGGGACAGUAGUCAGGGAUCUGACUGAAUUUGGAAAUAGUUGGAAGGUCAAUGACCGACCAGCCAACAGACUUAGGAUCUUGGACCGUCCUGUCACUGUCCGUGCACUGAGACAAGAAGCAGAGACGGAUCCAGACUCAGGGUUCGAGGUGUCAGACUGCUCUCAGUCACAGUUCAGCGACUACAACAGCCUGACAAAGUGUGGGGCGCUGUCUGAUUCCAGUGGGCCAUUUGCUGCCUGCCACGCCACCGUGUCACCCCAAAACUACCAGGAAGACUGUCUGUUUGACCUGUGUGCUGAGGGAGGCAGUGACGCUCUGCGCUGUGCCAGUUAUGAAGCAUAUGCUGCAGCUUGUCAACAGGCUGGAGUUACAUUAGGAUUGUGGAGGCAGCAGCUGGACUGCGUCCUCUCUUGCACCGCCAACAGCACUUACUCCCCCUGCAUGUCAUCUUGCCCCGCCUCCUGCGCCAACCUGGCAGCACCCUCGGAGUGUGAAGUCACUUCCUGUGUGGAAGGCUGCCAGUGUGCCGCUGGCUUUGUUAUGAGUGAGGGGACUUGUGUGCCAUAUGCACAGUGUGGCUGCACCUUCCUCAACAGAUACUACCCUCUCAAAGAGAAGUUUGUGACCGAGGACUGCUCUCGGUCUUGUGAGUGUAGCAGUACCGGUGCUGUGUGUGAGCCGAAGACCUGCCAGGACGGUUACGUGUGCACCAUCUACAACUUCAAACGUGACUGCUACAAAGCAAGUCCCUGCCUCAGUUACCCCUGUUUGAAUGAAGGCACAUGUCAGGACUCGGGCAACAACACGUACACCUGUCUGUGUGCAGAAGGCUUUGAAGGCACAAACUGUGAGAGGGAAGUGAUACCACCCACCGGUGGAGGACUUGAAACUAAGUGGAUUAUCCUGAUUGCAGUUCUGGUCCCAGUUGCUGUCAUUAUCAUCACCGUGACUACCGUUGUUCUUGUUUGCAAAAAGAAAACCAUGAAAAAGAAGAACAAUGAGAAAAAUAUCAGCAUGGAAUCAACAAGUGUUCCAUAUACAAACAUUGAUAACCAGAAAAAGGUGAAAGUCACUGCUUUUUGAUGACGAACUUCAAUGAAACUAUUUUUUCUCUAUGUAACCACUUGUAAUCAAAGAAGAGUAAAAAUAAAGAUAAGACUUGCUUAUUUGUUGCUUUUUUAAGUUAUACUUGAACAUGUCAUUUGAAGUAAAUGUUUAAUUAAAUAAAUAGUUAUAUCUGUAUGUG